CUGUUUUUGAACUUUUAAGAAGAAUGUGCUAACUUUAUCAGGCAGGUGUGGCUCUGCUGGCGCUGGGCUGAGAAAAAAAGAACACUGUGGUUUUACCAGCAGACCCUGUUACAUUAUAUUUCAGCCAUAACAUCACAGGAGCAGUUUUGUCCAGUAAGACACGAUGGAGCCGUCAGCGGUGAACCUGUUCAACCAGUUCCAGACUCUCAGAGCCCAUGUGGACUGUCUGAAUGAGAGCAUUGAACCACAGUUCCUCCAGAUGGCUAUGAACUUUGAGGAGUGCCGUAAAAAGUGGCUGCGGACAGGUGAGGAGCUUAUAUCCUGUAAGGAGGUGCUGGCUAAAGCAGAAACAGAGAAGGGAGCCCUGGAGGUCAAACUUAAGCAUGCUCGCAACCAGGUGGAUGUGGAGAUCCGCCGACGACAAAAAGCUGAGGCUGUCUAUGAGAAGCUGGAACGUCAGCUCCAGCUUAUUCGAGAUCUGCUGAUAUCAGAGAACAAUGGCAGUGUCCACCUCAGUGAAGAGCAGCGCUCUGCCCUGGCCUUCCUCAGUGCCCACUCCCAGGCUGCACAGGCUGCUAAGGGCAACCUCAACACCAGCAGAAGGUUAACUACCAUUGAUGAAUCAGCUUCUUUGCUGUCUGACAUCAGCUAUGACCAAACAGACGACUCUCUGGACUGGGAUUCCUCUGCGAUGAAGACUGUGAGGCUGCGGAAACGCCAGAAACGACGUUCCUCUAGAAAACUCCAGGAUGUUCCUCAACAGGCUGUGAAAAAACCUCGUUCCACAGGGCGCACAUCGGACAGGAUGAAUGAGUCAAUAGUGGCCAAAACCACCAUCACUGUGCCUGUGAAUGGUGGAGCAGUGGAGGCUGUCUCCACCAUUGAAACUGUGCCUUACUGGACACGUAGCAGAAAGAGUGCUGCUUUAGCAUGGGCUGACACAACCACUACUGACCAGUCUGAGACUGCCAGUGAGGCGCCCAGCACACCAGUCUCAGAUCUCCCGGCCAAACGCCGAACCCCCCGAGCUAAUGUAGGAGGAAAGAAACACCAGUUUAUUGCCAAAACGGUGAUAAAGUCUGAGUUCUGUGUGCCCUGUGGAAGAAGAACAAAGUUUGGCAAGAUGGUCCUCCGCUGCCAGGAUUGCAGGGUUGUGAGCCACCCAGAGUGUCGUGACCGCUGUCCCCUGCCAUGUAAUCCUACAGCUGUUAGCACUCCCAUGAAAAACGCAGAGAGUACCUUGGCUGACUUUGCUCCAGCCACCUCUCCAAAGAUCCCCCCUCUGCUCAUCUACUGUAUAAAGGAAAUUGAACACAGAGGUCUACAUGAGGUCGGCCUCUACAGAGUCUCUGGCCACGAGCGCUUGGUGAAGGAACUGAAGGAGAAGCUGAUUAGAGGAAAAACUCUACCACAGCUCAGCAAAGUAGAAGACAUCAAUGUCAUUACAGGUGUCCUCAAAGACUUUCUCAGAAAGCUUCCGGAGCCGCUGCUCACCUUCCAUCUGAACAAAGCCUUCAUGGAAGCAGCUGAAAUCCAGGAUGAGGGCAACAGCUUGGCCAUGUUGUAUCAGACUGUCAGUGAGCUGCCUCAGCCCAACCGGGACACUCUGGCCUGUCUGAUGAUCCACCUGCAGAAAGUCUCUCAGAGUGUGGAUACAAAGAUGGAUGUGAACAACCUGGCCAGAGUGUUUGGGCCUACUCUUGUGGGUCAUGCUGUACCAGACCCGGAUCCUAUGACCAUCCUGCAUGACACAAACAGACAACCCCGUGUUAUAGAGCGCCUGCUCAGUAUUCCAGCAAGCUACUGGAGCCAGUUUGCUCAUCCAGACAAUGCAGGCAUGGGCGAUGGCCACCACACUGAAACUCCAGACCGCAAAGUGAGCAUAUUGGGCCCAGUGACCACUCCAGAGCACCAAAUGAUGGCCAAAACACCAUCCUCCAGCUCGCUGUCCCAGCGCAUGAUGCAAACACUGUCCAGCACCACCAUAUUUGGGAGCAAGAGCAAAGCAACGUCUGCCUCCAACCGCCAGUACAGCUUCUUCACCUCUCCACAGCUGAAGUAAUGGUAAAGGAAGGUUGUAAAAAAUUGAAUUUUAUUGUACCUCUGGGUCAGUGAGCCUCAAUAACUGGGUAUAAAUUCACAUAAUCAUGUGGGACUAAAACUGCUGUGCAAUUUUAGCAUGCAGCAGUUUUAUUACUGAGUUUUUAUGCAAGUAUGUUGUGAAAGAUUUACUAACCUCUGAAAAGAUUCCUGCAUGAAAGUUUUUUUUUUUUUUUUUAAUCUGAUAACUAAUGAUGUAUUAUUGACCAAAACUGCUGCAACAUCUGUGUGACUGCAACAAGCUUUAGAGCUUUAAUGACUUAUCAAGUAUUCAUGAAUCUUUAUCUGCUGCUUUGUGUUUAACUAGAGUUUGGCUUUAAAAUACUGCAUUCGCUGUUUCUCUAAAUCUGUGGUUUUGACUGCAGAGUCAGUAGUGCUUGAACACUCAUCAACACACUACUGCAAUGACUUUGUCUUACUGUUUAUAUCCUAGUGUUUUCCACAAUUAAGUUUUUAAAAAAAAUGUAUAUUUAUGUUAUCAUGAUUUGUAUGAUCUAACAAUACUGCAAUGUAAACUCUGAUACAGGAUGGGAAAAUGUUGCAUUUUGCACAGUCUAUGAAACAAUCAGAGACUUUGGUUUCUACCUGGGAGAAGUCGCCACUAGAGGCUGCUGUUGCCCCACUUUAGACAGAUAAGCCUUACACAAUGAAGAUGAACUACUGUUUAUUAUGCACACAACCAGUCAGUACUACUGACGAUCAUUACAUUUUAUGUAUGAAUUGAUUGAUUAUAAAUUGGAGUUACUGUAUAGUGUUCCCAGUGAGAUAAGUCCCUUUUCCACUCAGUAGCCAAAGGUCUGUUUUCACAUUAAAAAAGGAAUCUGGAGCUUCUUAAACCUGUGAAUUUGAUAGUUGACUAACAUGCACACUUACAUUUUUAUUUGUUUGCAUUCACUAAUUUUCUUGCACGGUUACAUCACCCUUUCUGUAAAACAAAUGUUGCUCUUUCUGAGGUGAUAUUCUCCCUUUGCUGCUCUCUCCUUGUCACCCCUUAUUAGCUCCAGAAUUUAGUCUAAUGAUGACAAGUGUUAGUCAUUAAGAAGUGAAAUAUUCAUGAUGACAGACUGUUUUCCUCUUUAACCAAAGAUUAGCAAGUUUUGCUGCAAAUGAAGAAAGAUGCAUAUGAGGAUGCAAUACUCCGUUGUUAUAAUAUUUUAUAUAUUCUUGUGAAUUUAUUUUGUUGUAUUCUUCUAUUUUUCUGAUGAAUGAUUUUCUCACUGAUGUAAUCACUUUCUCCCACUAUCUUAUGGACUAGAUGUUAACCCUCAUUCCUUUGUCUAGGCUCAAAUACAGUCACAAAAGUGCAUGGCUGAGCUGAAAAUAAAACAUCAAAAGACUG